AACAACCUCACUUGAAUGUACUUAAGCUUAAUAUGCACCUGUCUUUUCUUCCAGCAUUUGGAGUUCAGGAAACAGAUGAAAGUAGAUGCAAUAAUCACCGACUGGCGUCCACCAGAGGUGAUAGAGAAGUAUCUGUCCGGAGGGAUGUGUGGUCACGACCGGGAGGGCAGUCCCGUCUGGUAUGAUGUCAUCGGCCCUGUGGACCCUAAAGGCCUCUUCCUGUCUGCAUCCAAACAAGACUUCAUCAAGUCCAAGAUCAGAGACUGCGAGGUCCUGCAGCAGGAAUGUGACGUCCAGUCGCAGAAGCUUGGGAGGAACGUUGAGUCAAUCACCAUGAUCUACGACGUAGAAGGUCUGGGUCUGAAACACUUAUGGAAGCCUGCUAUAGAGACAUAUACAGAGAUCCUCCAGAUGUUUGAAGCCAACUAUCCAGAAGGCUUGAAAAGGCUUUUUGUCAUUAAAGCUCCUAAACUCUUUCCUGUGGCUUACAACCUCGUAAAGCAUUUUCUGAGUGAGAACACGAGACAAAAGAUCAAUAUCCUCGGGGCUAACUGGCAGGAGGUUUUAAUGAAGUACAUUGAUGCAGAGGAGCUGCCGGUGAUAUACGGCGGUAAACUGACGGAUCCUGAUGGAGAUCCUCGCUGUCGCACCAUGAUACACCACGUGAGCCCUGUCCCCCCCUCCUACUACGUGCGGGACCAUGUGAAGAUGGAAUACGAACAAUGUACCUCGGUCAGCCGAGGCUCCUCCCAGCAGCUGGACUAUGAGAUACUGUUCCCGGGCUGCGUUCUCAGAUGGCAGUUUGCCAGUGAAGGUGCAGACAUUGGGUUUGGGGUGUUUGUGAAGGCUAAAAAGGGCGAAAAGAAGAAGGCAGCUCAGAUGGAGGAAGUGGUGCUCAGCCAGCGAUACAACGCUCACCUAGUGCCCGAAGACGGAUCACUGACCUGUGAACGCCCAGGAGUCUAUGUUCUGAGAUUUGACAACACUUACAGCAUGUUUCAGGCCAAAAGAAUCAGCUUUACCGUAGAGGUCCUGCUACCGGAACGCUUACAGUCCCCACAGAGCAACGGCGGCUCCAAAAACACCACCGUGCAAGCUGAGGGCAACAGCCAAUCAUAACCGAGAAGAUGUGCCACUUCCAUGUUGUUGGAUAAAGCACAGCCUGACAUACUUGAGUUAAAAAGGAAAUGCAACAUGCUGCCAUUAUCCAAAAAGUAUUUCAACUAAGUCAGGUUCUUGGUGUUCAACCGUUUUAAUCAUUUUUAAUGAAGUCAUGUGUUGUCAAUUUAGAAACAUUGGUUAAACCACAGGUGGGAUACUAUGACCUAAGGUAUAUGGACACAUACACACAUUUUGGGGCACUUUGAGUUAUGGUUUUCAUGGUUUGGACUAAGUUUGGAUUAAUAGAAAGGAAAUUGCAAAACAAACAACAGUAUUCUUCCAACUUUGUGGUUACUGUUGAUAGAAAUGUCCCCAUGCAUAUAGACCAAUAAAGGAGUCAGACAUUACUACUGAACAUCAGUGUUGGACCUCACUAAAGCCUAAAACCAGAGUAAAUGCUGUUUUAGCAACAAAUAAUGUUCUUUGCUUUAAAAUAGGAUAUUAGACAAUUACACAUGGGUGUCAACAUUCUUUUGGCCAUACAGUUUAUGAUUGAUUUUAUUGUUGGUAGGAAACAUGUGAACCUUUGGAUACUGAUAGCAAUUAGGAGGAAUUUCCAUAAGGAGAAAUGUGCUGCAGUUUAAAAAAUAUUGCAAAUAUAAAAAAAUACAAUUUUGCCAAAAUGAUUGCAAAUGAAGGAACAUCUUCACCAACUUGAUGAAAAACACACAGCUGCAUAAAAGAAAUGCUGCAAAUCCAAAAGGCUGCUAGAAGCUGAAA